AUGUAUGGCACUUCCCACACCGUUUCCGCCUCGAUGAAUGGCAUGGGAGGAGAGCUGGUAGAUGGUUCCGGUACCAUCAAUCCGGCUGCAUUGAACAACACUGCAGCAGCUUCCUUGCCAACUCCUCCCAUCGCUGCGCCGAGCACCAGUCCGCGAGGCAUCAAGCGUAGUCGUUCCCCGGAGCGGUACGAAGAUGUGACUUUGGAGGCAGAGCAUGACGAUGAUGAUCACACUCGCCGUAAACGGGGGCGCCCUCCAAAGACGCCACGAACUUCCAGCGGUACCAUUACGAGUCCUGUAGCCUUGUCUCAACAACCGCCAUCUGUCCCAGCGCAAGCGCAAACACCUCAGAUGCAGUCGCAAUCACUGCCCCGGCAGACUCCUCCGUCGCAAACGUCUCCUGUCCCCAAGACUACUCCCACAAAACCUCUUGUGAAGGCUCUACCCACAGUGAGGGAUCAUACUACUGAUCAGCUCGGUCCAGAGGGCGAUGAAUACAUUCCAAAGGAAUUUGACGAAGCAGGAGAGCAAAAGGUCGAUGCCUUGGGUUAUCCUCAGGAUUCGCGGCAGUACAAGUGCAGGACUUUCCGUGUUCCCAACCGCGGAGACAAGCUCUUCAUGCUGGCGACGGAGUGCGCGCGCGUUCUGGGAUACCGUGACUCGUAUCUUCUCUUCAACAAAAACCGAUCCCUUUACAAGAUCAUUGCGACGCAGGCAGAAAAAGAUGAUCUCAUCCAGCAAGACAUCCUUCCGUACUCCUAUCGGUCGCGACAGAUCGCCAUCGUCACCGCCAAGUCCAUGUUCCGUCAAUUUGGGAGUCGCGUUAUUGUCGAUGGGCGACGCGUUCGGGAUGACUACUGGGAGAGUAAGGCGAGAAAGCAAGGAUUUACUGAGGAAGAUCUGGCUGGCGAGAAGAGACCAGGUGCGGCAAAAGCCAGAGACGCAGCAGCCGCUGAAGCAGCCAGUGCUGGCAUGCUACCCAACCUUGGUCACGGCGAUGUGAUUUACAGUAACGCGAUCGAGAGUAUGCCACCGACUCAUGGGCUGCCGCCUGGUUUGGGGCUUCCAGCCUCGUCGCUUGCACCGCUGCCGAUGAUCCACCUCACGCCGACCACGACAGAUGACCCUCGACUGCGAGAGUACAGCAACAUCCCCCGUCCACGACAGGAGAUGACGGGGCAACCGUAUCAAGACCGCACACAACCGAGCACUGCUGCAGAGAUCCUCAACCAAGCUGGGCACACCGCAGAUUUCAACAAGAUCCUAAAUUCUCAGCGCGCUUUCCGUCACAAGGGCCUGGACGAAUUCUACGCCAAACAGCGGGAUAUCCCGGUGUCUGCAUCCCAGUCACAGUCGGUGCCGGUGGAGGCCAAUGUUGCAGUAUCACAGGCGCUGCAGUCGCCCCGGCUGUCCUCGGGCAUGAUGAACGCUGGUCAGCAGCAAACAGUGAUGCCUCACCAGACGCCGAUGAUGACGCCUCAGGUUUCCUAUCCCCAACAGCAGACUCAUCAGACGCCUAUUGCCCAAUCCCCUAUCCGUGGAAUGCCUCAGGGGAUCCGACCGGAUCUGCUACAUCAGAGAUCCAACCCUUCUCUAUCCUCGGCCGGAUCGGGACAGAGCACUCCCUAUGGAUAUGCUUCACAACCGCAGCAGAUGUGGGGUCAGCCGCCACCUCAGCCGCAGCCGUCACCGAUGUCUGCCUCUCCGCAUCACAACAUGGGGAUGCCCCAGUAUGCCGCGCAGAUGCAUCCGCAACAGCAGACGCCGUCGCCUCUUCCUCAGAACGCCCAGCAGCAUCAUCCCUCUCAAUCGCCGCGGAACCAGCCCCGCCCGCCACAGCAGAUGCCCCAAUCGAUGCAGAUGCACCCUCAAGCAACGGCACAGCAGACGAUGGCAUCUCUUGGCUACCCAGGCGUCACUGCGGCUGGAUACCCUGCUCUAUCCGCUGCGCGAGCAAUGUAUCCUUCGACACAGGGUCCCGGUCAGCAGUUCCUAGCUCACCAGCAACCGGGAGUCGCUAUGGGGAUGGGUGCAGGACCUGGCAUGCCCAGUUGGCCGUCGGCAGUAGGCGGGCCUAUGCAGCCUGGACAGCCUCAACCAGGUCAAUCUGGAAGUCCAUUGGGAGGAUGGACAGGUUACUAG